GACUUCGCCGUUGAUGAGAUUGGAGUUUGAUGAACAAGAAGUAAAAAAAAUCUGUCAGCUAGCUCAAGUGAAAGUUACUCAAGCAGAGUUGAAGCAACUAGCAGCUGAUUUUAACAGCAUCGUGGGACUUAUUGAGAAGAUGAACAAAUUGGACCUUAAUGGAAUAGAAGCUGCAGAGUAUAUUAUAAAUGCUCAUAACGCACUUAGAGAGGAUAUUCCAGCAAACUUCCAAGAAAGAGAAACUCUAUUUAACAGUGCUCCUGCGUUUACAGACAAUUUCUAUGAAGUUCCGAAAAUUCUGGAAGACUCACAGCUCUCCGAAAGCUAAUUCUUUUCGGUUCGCUGCUUUGGAGAAGCUGCUAUAAAGAGAGGAGACGGCCCAGGAAGUAGUGGAUUGAAAUAAGGUCUAUAGUUUCUGUCAUCUUGAUAAAGAAGUUUUCCUUCAAUAUCGAAGGUGGUUCUCACACUUUCUUCCCUUUCCUUUGCUAUUCGAAUUUCUUUCGCGUUCUUCUCUUCGACUUUCCUUUUUAGCUCCUCGUCUAACUGGUUGUAGGAAGUGAGAUCAAAGUAAUCUAUAUUCUCAUCGAAUACUUUCAGGCGUUCUGUUGGAUUUCGUUCCAAUUCCAGCAACCUUUCCUUUUUCGAUAAAAUUUCGUAGUCGAUUUCGUCAAGUUCAUCGCUGUCUGAUGAGUCUUCUGUAUACUCUGAAAAUUCUCCAUACCCUUCACUUCUAGUUGCCGCAAAAAGGCGAUUUCUUCUGGAACGUGAACAGUUAACUACGGCCUCUUUAAAUGUCUCGCUCCACAAAGUUUUACCAAAAUUCUCCGAAUCUUUUACAGGUGACCAACCACAAAAAUUGCAGCUACUCGUAUGUUCCAUAAUCACUUUUCCACAGCAAAUACAGUUUCGAAUGAAGGGUACGUUGGAGUUCUCACUCUUCUCUGUGGAAGGAGAAAGUUUGCUUGACCCAGAAUACAAUUUUGACUUUUUGCGCCCUUUUGUUCUUUGAAC